UAUUCAUCCGAUAGUGAAACCCAUUUCUCUCUCUGCUCUUCGAGACUUCAACCAGGUAAGCUUCUAACUCCCACUAUACUGGAUGAGUUUCCACAAACACUUCUCUUUCUAUCUGGAUUUAAUUCUCUGAAGAUCCAUACUUCUUUACUUAAAACAUGUGUAAUGAGCCAAUUCUUGGCAUACGGUUUAGUUCUUUCUUUCUUUCUUCCUCUUUUCACCCUAAUCACGGCUUUCUUAGAUUCGCAGAUUAAUGCACUUAUUGUGUCUGAAUUUCUGUGUCUGGCCUUAAACCUCUACUGUAAUUGUAAAGAUCUUGAAAUACGAUUACCUUAAUUUGGGUUAGUGCUUCUUUGGCUUUAAGUCUAAUGAUGGGUGCCUAAUUUAUAAUUCUUCCAGGUUCGUAUCUCUCAACUCUUAGGUGUCUUUUUAAGCAAUUGAAACAAUCAAAGUUGCUCUAAUGGAAAUCACAUCGGCCAAAUGGUUAUCUGAAUUGGGAGUGGAAGAUCCGGCUUUUAACUAUCAAUACCAAAUGAACCCUCUUGAUUACCCAAUUGAUGAUCUUGAUUUUCAGUUCUCUCCCAAGAGCUACUUAACGAAUGACCAAAUCUUCAAUCCCCAAACCGUACAAAACUUUAGCUGUGCACUCAAUGAAACCUCUCAGACCAGCAAUGAAAGGCCAAGAAAACAGCUAAAGACCAAUAGUUGGAACUCUUGCACCACUGAACAAAUCACUUCAAAGCCUCCUCCAUCUUCCUCUUCUCACAUUAUCUCUUUCCAGAACUCCAAUUCAUCUGCAGCUACCUCUCAACAGUUGUAUGGCCUGGACCCAACAACUGUAAAGCCUAAGAAUGAAAUGGGGUCGAAUGGAAGCAUAAAUUACCCCUCUAGUUUGUUCUGUCAGGGUUCCUUUGAGGAAUAUGGACAAGGUACCCAGAAGAAGACUGGUCCAUUGAGUAGAUCUCCUUUACAUGCACAAGAUCAUGUGAUAGCGGAGAGAAAGCGCCGCGAAAAGCUUAGCCAGAGAUUCAUAGCUCUUUCAGCUGUUGUUCCUGGCCUGAAAAAGAUGGACAAGGCUUCUGUUCUUGGAGAUGCUAUUAAGUACUUGAAGCAUUUACAAGGACGCGUAAAGACACUCGAGGAACAAGCUGCCAAGAAAACUAUGGAAUCAGUAGUUUUCGUGAAGAAAUCACAGGUGUAUGUGGACGACGAGUCGUCCUCAACUGAUGAGAACUCCGAUGGCUGCUGCGACCAACCGCUGCCAGAAAUAGAAGCUAGAGUUUCAGACAAGGAUGUUCUCAUUAGAGUGCACUGCGAAAAGCAGAAAGGAUGCCUACUGAAAAUACUAAGCGAAUUGGAAAAGCUUCAUCUAAAUGUCAUCAACAGUAGUGUCUUGCCCUUCGGAAAUUCCACCCUUGAUGUAACUAUUGUUGCCCAGAUGGACGGUGAUUUCUCCAUUACAGUGAAGGAUCUCGUGAGAAACCUAAGACAGGCUCUACUAAAGUACAUGUAAACAGAAAACACACAAGAACCCUAAAUUUUAACAGCUUUAAGUCUUCCCACUUGUUUCCAAGACCUCCUGAGAAGUACAAACACAAUGACCAGUGAAUAAUCUCUCUCUCUCUUCUCUGUUAACAAUGCUGCGACUGCGAGAAGGUUUCCAUUUUUUGCAGAAAGAGUUUUCUUUUUUGCCACUGAGGUUGUGUUUUUUUUCGCGUGGUUGACCGGUUGACCACGUUUUAAUUACCCACGUGUUGAAUAUGGAACCUCUUAUUCUGCAGCUUUUUUGGAGGGGUGUGUAGUUUUUAUUUUUUAAAGGCUCUUUUGUCAAAAAAGAGAGCUCUUUUUCCUCCCCUCUUUCCUCGUUGUAGAUGAAAGGAGACAGAAAAAACUGGCUUUUUUUUAAUUUAUUAUUAUUAUUAUUAUUAUUUUCAAGAGGGUUGGUGUGUUUUUCUAAUUAAUUAGGGUUUCGUGCUUUUUUUAAUCUUCAUCUGUAUUUGUUUGUACUUAUGUUUCAAUAGGGUUUCGUGCUUUGUUUAAUCUUCACCUGCAUUUGUUUGUACUUAUGUUUCAAUAAUGGCAUUCUUGUUUCUGAGUUCAUCUUUUUA